GGAAAAUGACUUUUUGGAACCGCUUCGGUUUGGACCGUUUCAUCGUGGUGCGUAACUGUCUGGUUAUCUUCUAUCUGGUGUCGGUCCUGUUUGGGUUUUCCCUCCACGUGUACGAUAGAACUAAGAAACGACUUGUGGCAUCAAAACUUAUAACGGUUUAUAGUUUCGCUUUGGCAAUCAUUCCCUGUUUGUCAUAUAAGAUUGCAAAUCAAUUAUUGACUCUCGAAGGAGAACGCAAAAGUAUAGUGGCGUCGGUAGUCGAUUCCAUCGAAUCUUUGCUUUUAAUACAAUCAUUGGUUUUCGGUACAUUACGAAGGUUUAGGACAUGGAAAGAGACGGCCGAGAUUUUUGAAGAGAUUUUCGCCAUUGCAAAUGGACUAGGAUACCCGCUGAGAACGGUUGUUUAUGUUGUGAUGAAACGAAUGUUGAAGAAAGUGGUGAUAGGUUUUACACUCUUGAUAGUUCCCGUUGCAAGCAUUGCCAUGCAAAAGUACCAGAUCGAGCAAGUUCCGAUUGAUUGGAUAGCCUUGCUUGUUACGAUGUAUCCUAAAGUGAUGAUUGUCAACGCUACUGGACUGUUCUACGGACAAGUUAUGUUCGUUGGAAGAUUCUUCGAAAUUUUAAACCAGAAACUAGGCACUCUGCAUCAAGAGGUAACUCGAGAGCUGGCCAUAAUCAGCUUUGGCAAAAGUUCCAAUCUUUACACGGAAAAACUUCGUCAGAUUGUGAUACUUCGGGAACGGGUCUACAUUCUGGCUCAACGUCUGAAUAAAGCGUACAGCUAUCAAAUGCUCAUAAUUUUCACGUUGAUUUCUAUCCUUAUCCUGAACCAGUUUUACUUCUUGUCUACCGUUGUCAACCGAUACGCAAGGUACUCCGAAGAUGUGUCUGCAAGAUUAAGCGUUGCGGUGCUGUUCAUGUGCAUCCUGAACUUCCACGAAGCUUACAAGGUGGCGGAUGCUUGCGAGCAGGCCAUCGAAGAGUCUCGUGCCACUGCGGACAUUUUGCACAAAUUUAAUGCCCUAAACAUCAAUCCGGAGCUCAAGAAGAAUAUUGAGAUGUUUCUCAUCCAGCUGCUGCACCAUCCCUUGAAGUUCACUGCCUGCGGAAUGUUCUCGCUGGAUUACACUGUGAUCUUUUCGAUCAUUACUUCAACAGCUAGCUAUUUGAUAAUUCUGAUGCAGUUUGAUCUGGCUGAUAAUGGCAAUAGGAAUUGUACGACGGUGUAA